CUGCAGGCUGUGCAGCCGGGGCUGCAGCCGGGUGCCCAGGGCUGUCCUGCAGAGCAGGUCCCUGCUGUGCCUCAGGGGCUGUGUGCCGGGGCAGGGACUCUGCUGCCUGCCAGGCUCAGCACUCAGCACUCAGCACUCAGCACUCAGCACUCAGCACUCAGCCUGCCCAGGGAGCUGCCCACCGCGCUGCAGGGAGAUGUGUGGGGGAAGGAGCCCUCCAGCAGGGCAGGGCAGGGCAGGGGCCUUCUGCUGCCACACCUGCUGCCUGGGGCAGAGGGAUCAUGGCUAUACUGCACCACAUUUUUUCCAAGGGCACUUUGCGAGAGGGAAGAUGAGGCAGGCAUUUUCCUUUUCUUUUUCUUAGGGAAGGGGGAAAAGUUGGAGGCAGAAAUAUGAAAGGAGCUGUGAGAUAUGAACACAUCUCUGAGAAUCCUGAAUUGGACCUUUCUCAACCUGCUGUUAUAUGUACAAUUUUCACAAGUGCUUUCAGCCACUCACCUCCCAAAAGACAGCACCAGCUGAAAUUACCGAAAUUCUCUGCGGGCAUGAAUAAUGCACUUAUCUUGCAAUCAGGCAGCUUUCUCUAACAAAAAUUUAAGUGCAGAAAGUUUGGGUUCGGGACUCUGAAUACCAACAGGAUAAAGAUAUGCGACAUGGAAAUUGCUCAGAAGAGGAAUAUAUACAGGAGAUUGGGAUAUGAUUAGGAAAUGAGGGGAAAGUAGCACAUCCUUAAGCUUCUACUUCUUAAGGGAUGGUGAAGCUCAGGAAAAUAAAUUCAAGUUAUGGAGCUAAAUGAACAUUUUCCAUAGAGAAAGAAAACCAUUAUAGUGUAGCAGGAGGAGUUUCUCUGAGAAUGGUCUUGACUUUCCAUUUUCUUCUGCAGUCUGUGCAGGACUCUGAGCUCAGGAACUGCAGAUGCCCAACAGCAGCUCAAUCAGCGAGUUCUUCCUGCUGGUGUUGGCAGACACGCGGCAGCUGCAGCUCCUGCACUUCUGGCUCUUGCUGGGCAUCUACCUGGCUGCCCUCCUGGGCAACGGCCUCAUCAGCACAGCCGUAGCCUGCCACCACCGCCUGCACACCCCCAUGUACUUCUUCCUCCUCAACCUCGCCCUCCUCGACCUGGGCUGCAUCUCCACCACUCUCCCCAAAGCCAUGGCCAAUGCCCUCUGGGACACCAGGACCAUCUCCUAUGCAGGAUGUGUUGCCCAGACAUUUCUGUUUGUCUUUCUGAUAUCGGCAGAGUAUUCCAUUCUCACCAUCAUGUCCUAUGACCGCUACGUUGCCAUCUGCAAGCCCCUGCACUACGGGACCUUGAUGGACAGCAGAGCUUGUGCCACCAUGGCAGCAGCUGCCUGGGGCGCUGGGGCUCUCCAUGCUCUGCUGCACACUGCCAACACAUUUUCAAUACCACUUUGCCAAAAUAAUACUGUGGAUCAGUACUUCUGUGAAGUAGCCCAGAUCCUCAAGCUCUCCUGCUCAGAAUCAGACUACCUCAGGGAAAGUGUGAAUAUCUAUUUUAGUCUUUGUUUAAUCUUUGGUUGUUUUGUAUUCAUUGUGCUCUCCUAUGUGCAGAUCUUCAGGGCCGUGCUGAGGAUGGCCUCUGAGCAGGGACGGCACAAAGCCUUCUCCACGUGCCUCCCUCACCUGGCUGUGGUCUCCCUGUUUCUCAGCACUGGUAUAUCUACCAAUCUGAGGCCCCCCUCUCUUUCCUUCCCAUCCCUGGACCUGGUGUUGUCAUUUCUGUACUCAGUGGUGCCUCCAACACUGAACCCCCUCAUCUACAGCAUGAGGAACCAGGAGAUCAAGGAUGCAGUGAGGAAAAUGAUGUCGUCAUCACAUUUCAGCAGGGAUAAACUUCUCAUCUGUCUCAAUAAAUGACUCACAGUCUGCUCUGUUACAGGCUUGUAUCGUGUUUUUUACUGUUUAUAUUUUUUUCUUUAUAUUAAUAGAUACAUUUUUCCUUGCUGUUCAUAUAUGUGUGUGUGUGUGCAAUUAUCAUUAGUGGCUAUCAUGUUCCUAUACAAGCGAUUGGCUUCCUACCACUUCUAGUGAGGUAUCACCCUGCUCUCUUUCUUCUGUAGCCUGUAUGAACUCUGGGUCAGUGCUGACUCUCCCACAGCCUCUGUGUUCCAUCUCUGUAUUUGCAGGCAAAUGAGAUGCCAGCAGGCACCAUGGAGCUGAUAUAGGCUCGAUUAGCAAACUGGAUCAAUGUAUUCGCCAAAGGACCAAUAUAUUACAUUAGCAAAAGGAGUCAGUGUGUGCUCAUCCUAAAACUUCCCAUUUUAGCUUCACUUGGUAUGUGAACAGCCACCUUUUUUUUUGCCUCUGCUGAGUGCAAGGACUUGUUCUUGAGUUCGGUAUAAACUGUUUGCAGUUAUAGUGCACUAAGAUAGAAAGUUGCUGAUUAUGGUAAGCAAACAAGCAAUGGAAUUUUGCCAAACUGGGGAAUAAGUGCUAUUAGGUGAGCCUGGGUGCACUGUGAUGGAGAGGAAGAUGAAAUAAAGGGGAGGAAGUAGGUGCUGUGAGAAGGAGGACGUGCGGUGUCGGGGCUGUGCUGAGGGCACAUCUCUGUAGCACUGCACGCAUGCUGCCCCACACAGUGCCUGCACUGAGCUGCCAGGGGCUGCCUGUGGGGCGGUGGGGCCGGGCUGUCCUGCAGAGGGGAAGGCACACAGAUCUUCAUGCUGCAGGGCUGGGACCCCAAAAUCACCCUGGAACUCAGCGCCCAGCUGUGCUGUGCUCACCUUGCCUGGCUCCCAGGUGCCCCCUGUGCUGCUCUGUCACUGCCCCUCCUCAACAGGAUGGGGGAGAAAACACAACUCAUCAAUUCCUGGGUUGAGACAAAAGGUGCUAUAUUCUUUCCUUGCUUAAAACCCAAUGACAACAAACUGCGUGUGUUAAUGGCUACAUAUCACUGCAGGUUUGUGGGUUUUUUCUGCACACUUUGAAAAAGCUACUGAAUUCAGCAUCCCUUUCACCUUAAUGUAUUAAUUGAAAUUGCACCUAACCUACUACACAUGUUACUGAUAUUCUAUGUAAUAUAUAUUAUUUCCAUGUCAUGGUUUUUUGGUUUUCAGUAUUCCACAUCAAAACAUCAUGUA